AUGCCUCCACAGCAGGGCGAGGUGUCCUUGACGACGCUCUUCGCAGACAUCCAUUACUACUUCUCCCCACCUACCCACCAGCCCCCGCACCACCGAUUCGAAAAGAGCUCCUAUGUCUACCUCUACCAUAACCCUAUGCGUCAGAGUGGGCGCAUAGAGAUUGCGAACAAUCCUGGAAAACCAAACCAGGAUGCGUUCGCCGGUCAGUUGGAUGUUGUGAAGGUCGAGCAAAGUUACAAGCAUCCAUGUUUGUUUACCUUGACUGUCGAUGCGUUUCGCGGCCAGCAUGGCAGUCCAGCCUCAUCGCCUCAGCAAGACAUGUCCCAAUGGCACCUUCCUGUACCGGACCCAAACAACCAGGGCAAGUACAUGUACAGGCUACAUACUGUGGACAUCUACCUGUGGACACCAAAUGAUGCAAGCAUGUUCUUGGAUUCGCUGCGGAGGGUCAUGCAACCACAUCAACUUCAGAUCAUCGCAGACCCCCAGGCUAUCUCACCUACAUCAGCGCAUCACGAGCACAAGAACGACACAAUGAGCCCAGUGAUUGCGAAUCUCGAAAGAGCUGCGAUAUCACACCAGAGCCGCACUCCCAGCAUCAGCCCCACACAAGCUUUUCCUGGUCCGCCACAAGCCGCAUUCCCUGGUCCGCCAGGUGCUCGUGCCUCGACCGCAAGCCCUUCAGCAGCAGAACCAGGCUACGCUCCAAUGGCCUACAACCCUGCUGCACCAGCUGCACCAGAACCCAUCGCUCACCGCGAGAAAACACCGCCACCACCGGACGCGGCGGAGGGGACUGGUCUAGUCGGAGCAGCUGUACAUGACUCGCAGCCUCAGCAAUACAGCAAUCCCCUGCAGACCUCUUUCACCCCUCAACAAACUUCUGGACCAUACAUGCCUGGGCCUGCACCUGGUCAGGGAUUCAGUGGUCCGCCAGGUGUACAGCGUACAAAUACAGCUGGCUCGAUGCCUCCUCCACCUCAAAGCCCCCCAUCAUUUGCAGGGCCGCCUCAAUCUGCACCUCCAGCAGAUCCGUACGGACAGAUCAGCCCACAGCAACCUGGGAUACAGCGACAAUCAUCUAUCCCUGUUCAGCAGUAUGCUGGCUAUAGUGGUUCGCCUGGCUACAAUGCCGGCCUUCAAUCUCCUGGUUUGCCCUCGCCAGGUCUGCACCAGCCACAGCACUACCUGGGUUAUGGACAGCACCAGUACGGUAGCACUUCACAACAGACGCCAGGAACAGAUCCAGCCGACUUGCAUAAGCAGUUCUACCGCCCAACUGAACACGAAGCUGGUGUUACAGAUCACAGCACCGCGACAACACCCAACUCAAAUAUGGGAAAGAGGGUAGUGAAAGUUGAAAAGGGCGUUGGUCGUUUCCUGAAAAAGCUUGACAGUAAGUGGUGA